GGGCGGCGCAGGCGCACUGUGCCCCGCGGAGCCUGCAGUUCCCGAGCCCCGUGUGCGGCACCGCCACAGUCUGGGCAGCUGCGGCCGGGGGAGCGCUACUACCAUGAACUGCCUGGUCCUCCUCCCCAGAGCUGCUCAUCCGGGUUGGGCUGGAGACACAGUCAGGGGACCCCGUCGCCGCCGCACCCCCUCUUCUUUCGGCUCCAUCUUCUCCUCCACCUUUUCCUACUCUUCCUCCACCUUCUCCUCCUGCAUCCCCCCCUCCCCCGCCGCGGAUCCUGGCCGCCGCUCUCCAGACCCAGGAUGCCGGGGGGCAAGAGAGGGCUGGUGGCACCUCAGAACACAUUUUUGGAGAACAUCGUCAGGCGCUCCAGUGAAUCAAGUUUCUUACUGGGAAAUGCCCAGAUUGUAGAUUGGCCUGUAGUUUAUAGUAAUGACGGUUUUUGCAAACUCUCUGGGUAUCAUCGAGCUGACGUCAUGCAGAAAAGCAGCACUUGCAGUUUUAUGUAUGGGGAAUUGACUGACAAGAAGACCAUUGAGAAAGUCAGGCAGACUUUUGACAACUACGAGUCAAACUGCUUUGAAGUUCUUCUGUACAAGAAAAACAGAACCCCUGUUUGGUUUUAUAUGCAAAUUGCACCAAUAAGAAAUGAACAUGAAAAGGUGGUCUUGUUCCUGUGCACUUUCAAGGAUAUCACAUUGUUCAAACAGCCAAUAGAGGAUGAUUCAACAAAAGGUUGGACAAAAUUUGCCCGAUUGACACGGGCUUUGACAAAUAGCCGAAGUGUUUUGCAGCAGCUCACACCAAUGAAUAAAACAGAGGUGGUCCACAAACAUUCAAGAUUAGCUGAAGUUCUUCAGCUGGGAUCAGAUAUCCUUCCUCAGUAUAAGCAAGAAGCACCAAAGACGCCACCACACAUUAUUUUACACUAUUGUGCUUUUAAAACUACUUGGGAUUGGGUGAUUUUGAUUCUUACCUUCUACACCGCCAUUAUGGUUCCUUACAACGUUUCCUUCAAAACGAAGCAGAACAACAUAGCUUGGUUGGUGCUGGACAGUGUGGUGGACGUUAUUUUUCUGGUUGACAUUGUUCUAAAUUUUCACACAACUUUUGUGGGACCUGGUGGAGAGGUCAUUUCGGACCCCAAGCUGAUAAGGAUGAACUAUCUGAAAACUUGGUUUGUGAUAGAUCUGUUGUCUUGUUUACCUUACGACAUCAUCAAUGCCUUUGAAAAUGUGGAUGAGGGAAUCAGCAGUCUCUUCAGUUCUUUAAAAGUGGUGCGUCUCUUGCGACUGGGCCGUGUUGCUAGGAAAUUGGACCAUUACCUAGAGUAUGGAGCAGCGGUCCUUGUGCUCCUGGUGUGUGUGUUUGGACUAGUUGCCCACUGGCUGGCCUGCAUAUGGUACAGCAUUGGGGACUACGAGGUCAUCAAUGAAGUCACGAACAACAUCCAAAAAGGCAGUUGGCUCUACCAGCUGGCCUCGAGCAUUGGGACUCCGUAUCGAUACAACACCAGUACGGGGAUAUGGGAAGGAGGACCCAGCAAGGAUUCAUUGUACGUGUCCUCUCUCUACUUUACCAUGACAAGCCUUACAACCAUAGGAUUUGGAAACAUAGCUCCUACCACUGAUGUGGAGAAGAUGUUUUCGGUGGCCAUGAUGAUGGUUGGCUCUCUCCUUUAUGCAACUAUUUUUGGAAAUGUUACCACAAUUUUCCAGCAAAUGUAUGCCAACACCAACCGAUACCAUGAGAUGCUGAAUAAUGUACGGGACUUCCUGAAACUCUAUCAGGUCCCCAAAGGCCUUAGUGAACGAGUCAUGGAUUAUAUUGUCUCAACAUGGUCCAUGUCUAAAGGCAUCGACACAGAGAAGGUUCUGUCUAUCUGCCCCAAGGACAUGAGAGCUGAUAUCUGUGUUCAUCUCAACCGGAAGGUUUUUAAUGAACAUCCUGCUUUUCGAUUGGCCAGUGAUGGGUGCCUGCGCGCCUUGGCGGUAGAAUUCCAAACUAUUCACUGUGCUCCUGGGGACCUCAUUUACCAUGCUGGAGAAAGUGUGGAUGCCCUCUGCUUUGUGGUGUCAGGAUCCUUGGAAGUCAUCCAGGAUGAUGAGGUGGUGGCUAUUUUAGGAAAAGGUGAUGUAUUUGGAGACAUCUUCUGGAAGGAAACCACCCUUGCUCACGCGUGUGCCAACGUCCGGGCACUGACGUACUGUGACCUCCACAUCAUCAAGCGAGAAGCCCUUCUCAAAGUCCUGGACUUUUACACAGCUUUCGCAAACUCCUUCUCCAGGAAUCUCACUCUUACUUGCAAUCUAAGGAAACGGAUCAUUUUCCGUAAAAUCAGUGAUGUGAAGAAAGAGGAGGAGGAGCGCCUCAGGCAGAAGAACGAAGUCACGCUCAGCAUCCCUGUGGAUCACCCGGUUCGAAAGCUCUUCCAGAAGUUCAAGCAGCAGAAGGAGCUGCGGAAUCAGGGGUCAACACAGAGCGACCCGGAGCGGAACCAGCUCCAGGUAGAGAGCCGCUCCUUGCAGAAUGGAGCGUCCAUCACCGGCACCAGUGUGGUCACGGUGUCCCAGAUCACGCCCAUUCAGACAUCGCUGGCCUAUGUGAAAGCCAGUGAGUCCCUCAAGCAGAACAACCGUGAUGCAAUGGAACUCAAGCCCAAUGGCGGUGCUGACCCCAAAUGUCUCAAAGUCAACAGCCCGAUAAGAAUGAAGAAUGGAAAUGGGAAAGGGUGGCUGCGACUCAAGAAUAAUAUGGGAGCCCAUGAGGAGAAAAAAGAAGACUGGAAUAAUGUCACAAAAGCUGAGUCCAUGGGGCUAUUGUCAGAGGACCCCAAGGGCAGCGACUCAGAGAACAGUGUGACCAAAAACCCUUUAAGGAAAACAGAUUCUUGUGACAGUGGGAUUACAAAAAGUGACCUUCGUUUGGAUAAGGCCGGUGAGGUGCGAAGUCCGCUUGAACACAGCCCCAUUCAGGCUGAUGCCAAGCACCCCUUUUACCCCAUCCCGGAGCAAGCCUUACAGACCACACUGCAGGAAGUCAAACACGAACUCAGAGAGGACAUUCAGCUCCUAAGCUGCAGAAUGACUGCCUUGGAGAAGCAGGUAGCAGAAAUUUUAAAAAUACUCUCAGAAAAAAGCGUGUCCCAGACCUCUUCUCCCAAGUCCCAAACGCCGCUCCAGGUACCUGCCCAAAUUCCGUGUCAGGAUAUUUUUAGCGUUUCCAGGCCUGAGUCACCUGAAUCUGACAAAGAUGAAAUCCACUUCUAAUUUAUAUAUAUAUACAUAUAUAUUUGUUAAUAUCUUUAAAUAGUAUAUACAUCUAUAUACAGAAGUGUGUAUAUACAGUAUAUACAUAUAUAUUUUCACUUGCUUUCAAUAUGAUGAACACGAUAUGGAUUUUGAUAUGUAAAUAUUGCAUGUCCAGCUGGAUUCUGGCCUGCCAAAGAUGAUUAUUAAAAACAUAGAUGUUGCUUGUAUAUGAUGCAGUUGACUGCAUGCACACUUUGCUUUCAUUUACAAUCUCUAGUCUAUAAUUUUUUAAAAAGUAUGAUUUUUGUUAAUCAAGGCAGUGUAAUAUUUGAAGAAUCAGGGUGCAACCUGCCGACGUUGCCGUGACAAAUCUGAUCUCAGGCUGAGUAGAUCAUGCUGUCAUUUCCUCACUGUUCUUUUGAGUUAAAAUUAUAGAUUAAUGCCAAGGAAGAAUUCAACCUUGUAAACUCUUAGGGUCAUUUUAUGAUCUCUUUCCUUAGAAUAUUUUUCUAUAACUCAGUGUUAAGUUAUUUUUCCCAAUAGGCUGUGUUUUCUCCAUUUAAAUGACUCUUUUGUUGCCUAAGUCAGAUAGCAGUGUGGGGUAUUGAAAACUUAUUGCUAUGGGUUUUGUGCAUGAUUGCAUUUUUGCUCAGCUAUACCUCUUCUUUUUCCAUAUUAUACUUAGAUAGUAAUCAUUAACACCAAUGUAAGGAAUCCCUCUUCCCUCCGUCUUGGAGAACAGCUACCAUCUUGUAAGCUGCUUUUAUCAACCCCAUAAACACUAGACUAUUAAUGUAGUAUAUAUUAUUAUAGAAAUACUGCACCACAGGGUAAAAGGGCCUUUUAACGAUUUAUGUUAGAGAUGCUGGUUUUCCAAAGGUGAUAAAUGUUCUAAAUUUGUGUUUCUAAAACUUGCUCAAAGGUGAAGUUAAAAGGCUCUUAGCAAAGAACCAAACAUUUAAGUAAUCAUAUCAAAAUUUUAACUGUAAUGAUAUAAAAUAAAAAAGAAUGUAAUCAGUCAAGUUUUUGUAGCACAUCUGUAUCUUUUAGGAAGAAUGAAACACAGGUAUGGAAUUGCUUACACAUGAAUUUUCGUAUGUGUAGCAAUAACACAUGAAAUGUGAUUAAAAAACAACUAAGUAGAUGUUAAGUUGCUCAACUCAGAUAACUGCUUUUCUAUAAUUUUAUUCUGGUUGCAAUUUUCUACAGCUCUUUUGUACACAGUUCUACUGCUGGACUUCUGAGAAGUUGACAAAUAGACUACUAUGGCUCAGGCAGAUCCACUUAUGAAAGAGCAGUACUAGAGACUGAAUUUCAGAGUCUUUUGGGUCACAAAUCCUCUUAGAAAGUGCCUAUUAUCAACUAAAAAAAGUCACAAACAGUUGUGUAUAACUAGUCCUUUAAAUGAUAUGUAUUGGGAAUCAAAUACACAUUUAUUUAUAAGAACUCAGAAGAAUUUAUUGCUUUUGACUAUAGAAUAUUUUAUAAAGUUGAUGAGUGAGACAUAAUUUUGAACUGGUAUGUAUGUAUGGGAGGUAACAGGAGCAGGGCAGUUAGUGUUUGCAUCAUGUGAAAAUAUAUACUAGUAAUUUGUACAUUAUCAGACCACCUGUACACAUAGACUGACAACAUACACCAACUGAUCAAAGGAGAUGUUUUGAUCUAUUGUGCCCAUUUUUAUGAGCUUUUCUAACUAUCUCCUGGUAUCCCUCAACAGAACCGCCAGAACCAAAAGACCAGUUAUCACGAUCAAACUGGGGAAGUGCAAAACAAAGAAAUUUAUAGAAACAGUUGAUACUUUAGAAUUUGUAUUAGAACUUCUUCACAUGCCCACAAGAUGUGCCUCUUUAAUCCAGGAGUCUCGGAACAGCUGCCAUGUGCCAUGGGUUCCAUUUUCCUUUCUUCGUGCCCAUGACUUGCAUCACCCAUAAUGGAAGUUUUCAGGGGAGCAUGUCUCCAUGCUCUGCUACAGUGUCCCCCUCCCACAGGCAUGAAGAAUGAGGUAAUCAGGUAUGAGGGAUCAGCCUUGAAAUGGGGACUUGGUUGCUUUCAUGGUGAGGAUGGUACCUUCCUCUUGACCUCUGACAUUUAUUGAAUUUCAGGGUAUUUUUCUAUUUAACCAUGUGUGAGACAAGCUAGGCUAAGCUUUUAAAGGUGGGUGAGUGGUAAAAAGUAAUCUGAGUACAGAGAUGGCAGGUCAGCUUUAGCCAUGUGCUUUAGAAAUAGCAGUUGCUAGCCCUGGCUGGCGUAGCUCAGUGGAUUGAGUGCAGGCUGUGAACCAAAGCAUUGCAGGUUCAAUUCCCAGUCAGGGCACAUGCCUGGGUUGCAGGCCACGGCCCCCAGCAACCACACAUUGAUGUUUCUCUCUCUCUCUUUCUCCCUCUUUUCCCUCUCUAAAAAUAAAUAAAUAAAAUAUUUAAAAAAUAGCAGUUGCUGUGAAGCUGUGAGAGAGUGACUGUGUAACAGCGGGGCAGUGUGAAACUGCAGCCCAGGCCUUCGCACGUCAGUGGUGCAUACACUCGCUGUGUUCUGGCAUUGACUCAGAGUUUCAGCACGUUGACCUAUGAUGUUCUUUUGUGUGGGAAAGAAACGUGCAGUUUUGAAUGACUCCAAGUCAUCACAAAGGGAAAAAAGAGUAUCAGUUGCUUAUUUAUGGUGCAGUUAUCACUGCAUUCUUUCUCAGCCACCUCUGUUCCUGUUCGCAUGACAUGAUGAGCUGCCGAAUGCACUCUGGUGUUUUCAGCAGGAAUGCAUGUGUUCAGCAAACACUGUACAUAGAAUAGUCUUUCAGGUUCCCAGAUUCUACAGUUCUUACCAGGUGAACUUGCUCAGAUUUGAAUGAAGGGUGAGCACUUGCUUUAAUAUGUGCAAUAAUGAUACAGUCAUGUUCUGUGUUGCCUCAACCAGCAUGGACAGUAGAUUCUCUUUGGGGGGACCAGAUGACUGCAUGUUUAUUCUUACACUGUAUAGAUGCUCCUGGUGUAUCCAGAAUGCAAUUUUUACUAUUAUAUUUCUGAACACUGUACUAAUAGGAGUAACUAGAUAAUGUAUUUAAAAUCCAAACAUUUUCCAAAGCAACUUACACAACUUCAAUAUUUUUCUAUGACAGUAUAUAAGAUCAGAUGCUAUACCCUGGACAGGUUGUUGUAACAACAGUGAAAGUCAAACAAAAGCAGAAAUGUGAGCUGUGCCUCGCAAUGGCAAUUUUUAUCAGUUUGGUAAAGGAUAUCAUUGCAUCAAAUGAAUGUGACCUAGUAGAUAGAAGAGUUCAUAAUAAAAGGCAAACAAAAUAGGCACACACAAGGCAGAUGACUAUCCCAAAGCCAAGAUCAUCCCACAUUGAUGUAAGCAGUACUUAAGAUGACUUAGAUAUGGAUGUUGAAUAGAGACACAUACUUCAUUGUUAAAAUGGAAAAAUGUCAUUGACACUGGCUUCAUCUCACAUUAACUACUUAAAUACAAAUGUCUCAAGUCUCAGAGCAAUAGAAUUAGAAAACUUGGUGUUUAAAAUUGCUCCUAAGAACACAUAUAUACUCCCGGAGUACCCAGCACUUUAAUAGAAAUGUUAAUUAUGACCACUAACUAAAGUACCAUUUUGAAAUUGAAUCUAAUUGAAACCCAAAUGCAAAUCACAGCUUCCCUUAAAUUUAAGGGGAUUUUGUUUACCUGUGAGUUCUGGCCCAUAUAUUGUUCUAUUUUAAAUAACUAAAUUCUUUGAGAAAACUAUCUUUUUAAUUAGUCCUCAGAGCAAUGACUGUUUUUGAAGUGUGCCCUGGCUGGUACUGGUGAAAUUAUUUGUCAUAUUCCUAAUGAAUUCUACUAUCUUGUAUAAUUUUUAUCUUUGAAGCUAUUUUAUCUCUUUUACAAAAUCUGAUGUAGGUAAUGAGAAAAUUCAUCUAGAAUGUACAUACAUACAUGGACAACUUUAAAAUAUGAAGAUUUUGUAAUUAUGUGAAUGUUGUGUUUUCAUAGUUGGUAUGUAUAAGAGUAGUUCUCUUGUGGUCUUGAUGGAAAGGGACAGGGGAAAGAUCAGUCUGGAAAACAAUUCAAUUUCUUCACCAAUAAAUAAUAAAAUGAAGAACUGCUCCUGUCUCAUAUCAAGACAAUGUUAGGUGAUAAAAAUCAUCUUCCUCUCAAAUGAAAAUCACAUUAAGACAAAUUAUCAUUUUUUUCCCAUAGGAGAUCAGCCAAGAUGUGCUUUUCAAAUAGUCUAGGUUUUAGUGGAGACUUCUUUGAUCAGAGCUUGGGGAGACAGACAUGGGGGCUAACUGAUCAGGAAUAAAUGGCAUGGAAGCAGAAAAUUUGAAAAUUGCCUGGGAAUUUAGAACUACUAAUCAAAUAAACAUGCAAAGAAUGAAGGUCUUUCGAGGGAAGAGAGAAAAAGAGAAAAAAUAUGUAUGUAAAUAUGAUUCUUUCUUACUCUCCUUAAUCAUAAACUGAUUGGUGAGUACUCAGAGUGUGAGUCUUCCCACUUUGGUGAGUAUUCAUCUUCCCAUUUUUUGUAUAAAGUAAUCAUGACUUGAGCUCUAUGGUUCCACAAUGGCAGGUGUUUAAAAAAAUUCUUAAUAUAUAAAGAAUCCUUUCCAAUGACAAAUGAAUUUUUCAAUGUAUAUCUUCAACUGAAUAAAUGUCAAGAAAAGGUUAAAAAAACUACUUGAAUUGCAUUUAAACACCAGUCAUAUUACUGCAUCCCAAGAAAGUGUGUUUGAAUUUAAAAAAUUAUAAUGAGUGAUUAGUAAUAUUGGGGAUUCAAGAAAGCCACUUUUAGCAUGUCACCAUUUUUUUAAAUGAGAUUCAUUUUUGUUAACAUUUGCUCAUUCUGCAGAGACAGCCUUAUAUCUAAGGGAUACACUCACACCUGCAGUCACUUCAUAGGCCGCGACCCUUUGAAGGGUCCCUUUGAAGAGCAAGACAACAAGAGCACAUAGAAACAAAGGGGAAACUUUUAUGCACUAGAAGAGAUGCUUAGAUCUCCUUUAGGGUUUUUUAAUCUUUCCAUCAAGUAAGAAUUUAAAACUGUUAUACAGGUUAGGAAUUGGAUGUUAUUUUGAAAGCAGACAAUAAUUCUCAAGUUAAA